AUGUCGUUUCCCCUAGGCGUCAUCGCAUGUCCUGCGCUCGCCACGGUAGACGACAGCGUCAGACCGAAGAAGCACUCCAAGGCAUCCGCUACAUCUGCCGACCCCCGCUCGAGUGCAUCUAGUGAAGCAGACAAGUCGCAGAAGAAGUCCAAGUCCAGCCGCAAGAUCCCGCUCGCCUUGUCCUCGAGAUCCUGGGUCACAAAGGAUAGGCCCAAGACCAGCGGCACCGCGCCGGUCACGCAACCUCUUGACAUUCCUCGCGCAGCAUCUCCAUCCACAGGCCUCAGUCGCUCACCACACGACUCCUUCGACUUUUCGCGCACGUCGCCGAUUUCCACAGGACGACCGAAAUACGUCCCUAUCGUAAUACCGGACGAAUAUUCGUACGUGCCCAAGGCGCUUAUCGCACCCAACUCUGGAUCAUUCUUGACAUAUUCGCCGACCGAACUCGACUCUCCGCUCUCCAGCUUUGUGUCAUCCUACGACUUGCAUCCUGACAGCGCUCGUUCCACGCCGAGGCAUGUGGAAAUAAAGAUUCCAGAUUGGGCGAACCCAACUCUCAAGGACCGCUCGCCGCCCCCAUCAUCUUGGAUAAAGCCUCCAUUCGAUCCAUUUGUUUCUACCAGCAAGCUAUCACCAGUCGACAUGUCUCAAACAACUUCGGAAUCGAGCAGAGCCAACACCAUGGACUCCCAGACGUCUCGUCCCUCUCCGGACCGAUUGUAUACGAGUCGCAGCGACAAUCAGUCUAAUUCAAAUCUGAGUGCCUACAGCAGCCAGACUAGCCUUUUGGGACUUCGUUCCGACUACGAGUCGGCAAGCGAAGCAGAGUCAACUGCAGAAGAUGAGGCUCACGCAAGAUCACAGACACCGUCGCAGGCUGCUGGCAUCAUGACUCCACAAGACCCCACUCAAUCUUCCGGAGCCAGCACUUCAAAUCUUUCUGGUCUCGUCUGCAACGUUCACUGCACGACGGGCAAAGAACCGCAUCCGCUCGUAGGCGCGACGACCACGGUGCUUGGCGACAAGUUGUAUGUGUUUGGAGGCCGGCGACUUUCGAGAUCGAAGCCACAGCUUACUGCCAACCUGUACGAGCUGGAUCUCAUCAGACGCCACUGGACGAAGUUGGAGACGAAAGGCGACAUUCCUUCGCCUCGGUACUUCCACACCGUGUGUGCGUUGGGAGACACGAAGCUGGUAUGCUACGGUGGCAUGUCCCCGGCUCCUGUCAUCGAGAUGAGCGCAGAAGCGCAACCGGAAGUAGUUGUCAUGUCGGACAUCCACAUCUACGAUGUGCCUUCCCAGACAUGGACGAAGCUCAAUACGUCGGAUGCUCCUCAGGGUCGUUACGCCCAUUGCGCUGCCAUCCUACCAUCAUCUGCCGUCUUCUCUUCGGCAAAUGCGCCCAUGUCGGCUGUCCAUCAUAAUCCUGCGGGAGCUCAACCAAACCAGGGCUCUCUCGGUGUCUCCAUCGAUGGCGCAGGAGGCGCGGAGAUGGUGGUGGUGGGUGGUCAAGACAGUGCCAACCAUUACAUUGAGCAAGUGAGCAUCUUCAACUUGCGGAGUCUGAAGUGGACUGGAACCACUGGCAUGGGGCGCAGCUGCGGUGCUUAUCGCAGCGUCGUCACCCCAUUGACUACCAUGAGCGCAGCUCAGAUCGGUGCUGGUCCUCAUGCGCAGCGUGACGUGGACGACGAAGAGGAGGAACCCAGCGUCGUUGGAUCUGGCUCUCCCAUGCUGAUCUACUCCAACUACAACUUCCUCGACGUCAAGCUCGAGCUGCAGGUGCGCUUGACGGACGGUACGCUCACAGAGAAGCCCAUGCAGACCGCUGUCUCGCCGCCCGGGCUUCGCUUUCCCAACGGCGGUGUGAUCGACAAUCAUUUCGUCGUCUCUGGCACCUUCCUAACAUCAUCCAAGCAGGAGUAUGCGCUUUGGGCGCUUGACUUGCGAACGCUGACAUGGAGCCGCGUCGACGCCGGCGGUAGCAUCUUUAGUCAAGGCAGCUGGAACCGCGGUGUUUUGUGGACUCGGCGUAAUUCCUUCGUGAUCCUUGGCAAUCGUAAUCGCAGCCUUGUCGACGAUUACAACAACCGUCGCAUCAACUUCUCCAAUAUCUGUAUCGUGGAGCUUGAAGCGUUUGGGCUAUACGAGAAUCCUACGAUGGCGGAACCGACUUCGGACUUCGUCUCGGCGAGCGCAAUUCCUUCGCAAGUCAACAAAGACGACAACGGAUUUGUCAGACUACUAUGCUCAGCUGCAGAAGAUAUCGGCGCUCUAGCUUUGAGUGUCCGCGAGUUGGCCGAUAUGGACUUCCUCGCAAUCGACGGUACCAGAGUCCCUGUUAAUUCGCGGCUGAUCACCAAGCGAUGGGGGCCUCACUUCAUCACAUUACUGCGGGAAUCGCUCAUGUCAGCAAAUGAGACCGACAACGCAACGCUUCGGCCGACCGCAGCCAGCCACCCGUCGCGAAAUUCAAGUAUCACCAUCACCGGGGCCUCUGUCAUGUCUGGCGGCACCACUCUCACCAACAACAGUAGCAGCAGUCAUGGUAGUGACAUACCAGACGUUCGAAGCGUCCCGCCGGCAACCCGCCCAAGACUCCUUUAUCUGCCACACACCGCGCCGACCCUGCAUGCAUUGCUGCACUACCUGUACACUUCGACGCUGCCAGCACCGCCACACCAUCUGGCUACACCGCAGAUCUUCUGCUCUCUACUGCAGCUCGCGCGUCCCUACAAGAUCGACGGGCUCCUCGAAGCGACAGUUGAGCGACUGCACAUGUGCUUGGAUGGCCGAAACGCGGCGGCAAUCUUUAACGCAGCUGCAAUGGGCGCAGGAGGCGGAGACAGCGUGCAAUUCGCAAGCAGCAGUCGAAUCAUAGCCGAUAGAGACAUUCCCGUCCGCACCCAUAGUCUGGGCGGCCUGGAUAGUCUUCUGGCCAAUGGCACGCCUCGCAAGACCGGCUUGCGCAUCGACACUGAAUUGUCCAACGGACGAAACACGCGCAACACCAUGCGGCCCGGACAGGCUGUCGCGGAGGACACGGAUGAAGAUGGAGUACCGCUGAGUGCUGCCACGGAUACCAGUAUGAGCGAGAACGAGCUCGGUUUUGGGCAGAGCGGCUUCAGCAGCAAGUCUGAGAAGAAGAACCAGGAGGUCUGGAGCGGCGCUCUGAGCUCCGUUGUUGGCCUGCAGAAGAGAGGUCUGAGAGGCUUGAUGGAGCAGCGUGGACGCAUGAGACAGCGAGGUCAGGAAGGCUUCGAGGGUGCAAGAGUAGGCUUAGGUAUUGCUUGA